AAGAAGAAGAAGAAGAAGCAGAAGAAGAAGAAGAAGUGAAACAAAAAACGAAAAUUACGCGAACAUGUGCUCGCGCUUGCGGAUAAAAGCGGGAAGAUUCUAGGCCCAUCCCCCGAGUGGGUACGUGCCCAAUAAUGUUAAGCUCAUCAUCGUCAUCGUCAUCAUCAAGAAGAAGAAGAAGCGAGGGAUGUCGGUCGCCAUGUCGUCCUGAAGGCGCCGCAGCGGCACAAGCAGCAGCCAUGCUCGUGAACAUCGCGGGCCUUGCGGUGGUGAUCGUCUUCUACGUGGUGGUGAUGACCGUUGGCGUGUGGGCGGGCCGCAAGGUGCACGCACCGCCCAGCGGAUCGCGGCGCGCCAGCCGCGGCUCGAUCAUCCACUUCAGCAGCCGGGCCGAUUCGAAUGAGGACAGGAACCUGUACCUGCUCAAGCUGUUCGUGGCCAACCGGGACAUGCCGCUGUUUGUGGGCAUCACCUCCAUGACCGCGACCCGGGCGGGAGCUGGCUACCUGCUGGGCAGCGCGGCGGCCGUGUUCAGCUACGGGCUAGUCCACGUGCAGGCACCCAUCGGAUACGCCAUCAGCCUGCUGUGCGGCGGACGGUUCUUCGCGCAGAAGAUGCGCAACACCAAGUCCCUGACCAUGAUCGACCCCCUGCAGCAGCAUUACGGUCGCUGGAUGGGACUGAUGCUCUCGCUGACGGCCGCCUGCGCCGACAUCUUCUGGACGGCCGCGACAUUUACGACGCUCGGCCAGAUAGGGAAUAUCAUGCUGGGAUUGGAUGCCACAGCGUUCAUCCUCACGACGGCGGUCACCAUUUUCACGUACACUGGCAUGGGCGGACUCUACUCUGUCGCGUACACGGACGUCCUGCAGCUGGCCGUGACUUUCCUGGGAAUGGUAUGCGCUGAAUCAGUUCAAUCGCUGUAG